CAACAACCCGGCCCCGGCCCGUAACAACGACGCAGACGGGAGGGGGAAUUAUUAUACCGGAAACCGGGCUGCCAACGACGUCGAGACGGCCAUUUACUUCGCGCCCGAGGCCGCAGACAGGUUCGAGCACGACGAAGCCACUGUUGUUUCCUAUCAUCAGUACUAGUGCCAGCAGUACUAGCACCUCCACGACGGUAGAAGGAGACAGCACAAGGUUCGUCCCGAUCAUCGCGACGGUCAGCCCAUUCACUCCGGUGUUCCCGCCGGAGUCGCCGGGAACCACCACGGCAACAUCCACAUCUGUACAAGGUGGAACUACGACGACCAAGAAUCCGACUACGCAAGGGGAAAAGAGAAAGGCAAGAUCGAGAACAAAGUGGGACGCGCAGUCGCAGAGCGAUAGAAGAUGCUGCGUUUGUAUGUUCAAAUUUACUUCUUUAGUUUCUCCCAAAUGGCAUUGCAUUCGCCGCUGCCGUUGAACAGAAGGGCGUGGACGACGUCGCUUCUAGUAGUAGUAAAUGAUUAAACGAACUUGCUGAAGUUUGUGACUGUGGACCCGUUCAUCUCUAUCUUUUCGAUUUCUUUCCCUUCCAUAACCAAUGGAGAAGAGGAGGCGCCUAGUAAAACAACGGCUGCACCUCAACAGCAAAUUAUAGAUAUCCCACAGAAAAAGACCGACAGGUCAUAUUUGUAAUGCAAAAAUAAAUACACAGGAAAAUCUGUCAUGGGCGAGGCCAUAACAUCCUGUUUAGGGCAUGCAAUACAGAUUUUUUUGUCUAUUUAUUUUGGCAUUACAAAUAUGACCUGUCGGUCUUUUUCUGGGGGAUAAUAGAACUCCCCCCCGCCUUGCAAGUCGAACCCGUGCGCUACCCUGUGCAAAAGUAUCGUACUCGUAUAAAUGCAAAUACUGCAUUACAAAUCUUGUUCCCAAGGCAAAUCUGCAUUACAAAUUUCAUUUCUCAUGCUGAGGAAAUUUGUCAUGCGAUUUAUACUAGUACGAGGAUGCUUUUGCAUUUCAUAUGCGCGGUCCGUCGACGAUGCGCGGAUCCGCGCAGGCUUUGUGGGCCAAACCGCAGAAGCGAAAGGACGGCAAGAAGCAGUUUCUGUACCACUUUCCGUCACAUUGGUACCUGCAAUGGACCGGGGUUCACCAGAUUGUGGUGUUCUCCCGCCCACUGUCGGAUUCCUUCUGGUGCACCUUCUGGGGCGCGAACUUGUUUUGCGUGUUGCUGCUGUUGCUGAUUUCGUGUGUGGUCUACGCCUCGGGGCAGGGCUUGUAUUGCUGUUUUCGCAGGGCGGGAUUGUUAGACGAGACUGGCAGUUAUAGUACUAGCAGGAGUGGCAGCCAUAGAAGUGCUACCAGGAGCAGAAGAAACAGUGGAGGUGCUGGAUUCAUCAUGAACGGAACAUCAAAUGGGAACGGCGCAACAGGAGGUGGAGCAACAGCUUCCGGACUGGCCGCCGCAGGACAUUUUAGCAACGGCUUCGUCUACUACACGGAUAGAAAUAAUUCCUCUCGCGAUUAUGAGAACACCACCAGUCCGGUAGACGACAGCGACUCCUCCCCGUCUUCACACCGGUUGGCCGGGCGUGCCGUGUCGACCCCGCUUUCUCGGAGUAACAGUAACUCGCUGUACAGCAACAGAACGCCGGGUGGAGAGGGAUCAGUUUACAGUGAGGAAGAUUUGGAGGACUGGAGUAUCAGCGACGAAUUUUCAUCCUCAAAUAGCUCGUCAACAUCUUUGGCGAUUGCGUCCGGGGAAGAGGAGGACCUGGUUUUCGAGAAAGGGGAAUUUGAAUUAGAGACGGAUCAACUUCUUUCUGGAAAAAAUGGAGGAACGUCUUGGAGCAGCAGCGGUGCCGCAAGUAGUAGCAGUUCUAGUAGCGGGGAAGAAAAUGAGUAUGGCCAUCAUCUAUUUCGGCAAAGACAGGACGCGGAAGCGGAACUCGAUCUGAAGUUUCGUCACGCUGCUGGUGUUCGUCCUGCUGCUCCACCGUUGGCAGCAACAUUCCGAUCUCCCGGAAGAAUAUCAGCGCCACAUAGCAACAACACAGGCAAUAGCAAUACUACAGCUACAGGUCGGAAAACUACUGGCAAUAUGAUGUUUCCUAAUCCACUAGACCCGGAGUUCUCACCGAUACGGCGAACUUACCACUUCUACGACGACAAGGACAACAUCGAGGAAAAUCAAAAUGAUGAAAACGGUAUGGAGGAGGAGAAAUUCUACCUGCUUCAGACACGCGGGCGAGGAAGAAUAAAAAAGGAAAACAGGUCUGAUGGCGCUGCAAUUUCACCAAAUCAAAGACAACACGAUGGUGAUCGUUUGACUCAAUGAACAAAUAGCAGAGCUGCAUGAUGUAAGAAGAACACAUCAGAAGAUAUGAACUGAUGUUGUGUGGGAGGAAAGAAAUAGAAAAGUAAG